UGGGGAUUUAAGAAGUGCAUGAUGUUCGUUAUCAAAGUUCCCCUUUAAAAAUACUUUAUUGGCACGUUUUACUGCCUCAGAUGUCACUCCUGAAGUCAGCACACUAGACACAGCUAGUCUGUCUCUCUCAUGACACCCAGUGGUACAGUUAGUACUUGAAGUCUGAGCUCACAGCGAGGAUACAAUCCCUUCUUCAAAUGCAGAUGUUCACCACUACUAACAAUCUAAUGUCAUGCAAAUGUUUUUGCUUCGGUAUUCAUGUGUUGUUUUUUAUUUCACGAUCACAAGUCUGUGCGGUCACUUUAAAAGAGUGACCGAAUAAUCUGGUGGCCCAGUUUCCCCUCUGUGAUGACUAUCAAUCAAUGAGUUUAUCCAGACCCAGCAUAAUCUGAUGGGACUAACUGGACUCCACAAGGUUGCUGCUUGUUUUUUUUUUAUCUAAAUGUAUCAUUAAUAUCAGAAUCUUUUAAAAUGCUUUCAGGAAAAAAAAAUUAAGUAUUAGCAUGUUGUAAGGAUAACUCAAAGAAUUGAACCUGCAUGUCUGCAUACGACUGCCAUCGGGGGUGGAAAAAUCAGUUGAAUAGUAAGUUAUUUUUUAUACUUGUUACUAGAAGAAAUUCUAUGAUAACACAUUACACAAGUAUUGCUUAUUGAAACAUUUCUGUAAAUAUUUGUGUUUAAACUAUGAUUGUAAGAAUAUUCAGAAUAGUUAGUUUAACCCUCCACAGACCUCCUGUCAUUCUUAUAAUAAAUGACAUAUAUAAACACUGUGUUUUCCCAGGCAAGUUAUGGCAGCAGAUUUGGAUGUUGUUAACAUGUUUAUAAUUGCUGGGGGGACAUUGGCUCUUCCCAUUUUGGCAUUCGUUGCUUCAUUCCUUCUGUGGCCCUCAGCGCUCAUUAAAGUCUACUACUGGUACUGGAGAAGGACUCUCGGCCUUCAGGUCCACUAUGCAGACUGUGGAGGCUAUCGCUUCUGUUACUCCAGCAGAGGAAAGCCCGGGAUGAGGCCUUCCAUUCUGAUGCUGCACGGCUUUUCUGCUCACAAAGACAUCUGGCUCACAGUUGUCAAGUAUCUACCAAAACAUCUGCACAUUUUAUGUGUGGACAUGCCAGGCCAUGAGGGCACAACACGCACCAACACAGAGGAUUAUUCCAUUCUUGGGCAAGUCAGUAGGAUUCAUCAGUUUGUGGAAACCCUUUGCUUAAAUCGUAAACCUUUCCAUGUGAUUGGAACCUCCAUGGGGGGCAAUGUAGCUGGGGUGUACGCCGCUACCUAUCCCUCCGAAAUAUGUAGCCUGACUCUCAUUUGUCCUGACGGUAUCAAACACCCAUGCGAGACCAAAUUCGACAAUCAUCUGCAAGACUUGGAACAGAGCAAUUUCACACUGAAUAUCCCGCUGAUCCCAACUACACCUGAUGAGAUGGAGGACAUGUUUAGACUGUGUUCCCAUGUUCGCUUCAAAAUCCCUCAACAGAUUCUUCAAGGACUGGUGGAUGUCCGAGAGCCCCACAAUUAUUUUUAUGAGGAAGUGUUUAUGGAGAUUGUGGAUGAGAAAUCCAGAUAUGCCUUACAGGAACACUUGCAUCUUAUCACUGCACCUUUACAGGUUAUAUGGGGCAAACAGGAUCAGGUGGUGGACGUGUCUGGUGCCGCCGUCAUUGCAGACAUCUUGCCAGCAUGUAGAGUGGACCUGCUGGAAAACUGUGGUCACUCUGUGGUGAUGGAGAGGCCUUGUCGCACAGCCAAACUCAUUCUGGAGUUUAUUAUACUGCAGCAAGAUACAAGAGGCGGAUACAAGAAAUCAUCCUGAAAUGAAAAUGUUCCAUACGUGUAAUGCUUAUUAACUGGUGCCACUUAUGGACAUAUUUUCACAUGUAUAGAGACUACAGAGGUAAAUAUUAGCAUAGUCGUGUAUUUGAGAGUAUUCAGAUUGCAGAUACUGCAGAACUUCCUGUUUUUCAGUUUUGGUGCACCCUGAAGGUUAGCUCACCUUUCAUUGUAAUUCCAUAUGGUCACAUCCCUGUGCCCCACUGUUUUCCCCAUCAUUCAAACGUGAGAUUGUGCAUUGUUGGGAUACUUGUAAAUAAAUAAGCC